GGUGGAUGCAUAGCGUUACGCCUACAAACAGUUCUCAAACAUUUUGACGUUGAUUGCAGUGUCACGUUAAAGAGUGAUGUUAGUGUGGUCAUUGCUAUUGCGAGCCGGCGAGGAUUCGGCAAAAUGAGACGCAUGGAGGCUGCGAUGGCGCCCGCGGCGGAGGCCGAACGCGACCUGGAGCAGACGCUCGAGGCGCUGCGGGAGGACGGGCAGAUGCUGCGCCACGCCACCGAGGCGCACCGCGCGGACCAGCGCUGCGUGCUCGUGGCGGUGUGCUCGGACGGGCUGGCAUUGCAGCACGCCGCGGCGCCGCUGCGGGGCGACCGCGAGGUGGCCCUCGCCGCGGUGCGGCAGACCGGCCAGGCGCUGGAGUGGGUGUCCGAGGAGCUCCGGGGCGACCGCGAGCUUGUGCUGGAGGCCGUGCGGCGGGAGCCAGCCGCCCUCGCGCACGCUUCGGCGGCCCUGCGUGCGGACCGCGGGCUCGUGCUGGAGGC